GAUGUCUGUUUUUCACGUCUUUCAGUUCAGUGCUGAAUGAAUUCUGAAAUAUUGGGAAUAGAAACGUACAGAUUAUGAUUUGUAGUAAUAAUAACAUUUUAUGUGAAAAUGUUCUAUUAGUUUAAGAAAUACGUGUCAAAUAACCAAGUUUAAAUACAAUAACACAAUGAAGUUAUUAUAUACUUUGUCUUUUAAAGAAUACGUUUUUAUUUGUAGUUAUACAAAUACUGUAGACUUUCUUUAGGUCUAUGUUAAGAAAUUGUUUAACAAUUAACAAAAAAUUAGGAAAACAUGGACUGGUCUGCAGUCUCUAGUCACUUCAAACAGACAUGGCUUACUACUAUAAUGAGCAUGAUUUUAUUUACUGGCGUAACAUAUUUUUUGAUGUGGUCAGAGUGCCAAACUAUUCAAAGCAACUUAAUGUUAGAAGACCUAAUAUCAGCUGCAGAAAGCAUUGAUGUAUUUACAAAAGAUGAAGCUGAACAAUAUGAGUCUAAAGUGGUCCAUAUUACAGGACCUCUUAGGAUAUUAGAGCCCAUCUCAGAACCUGACUAUAAUAUACAUGUACAAGCUGUGAAGUUACGAAAGAGAGUGCAAAUGUACCAGUGGAUAGAGGAAACAACGGAAACAGAGAAUUUUCUAAGCGAGCCGGCAGAGGAAUCUCAAAAGACAUACUGGUAUCAUAAGGACUGGAGAGACUAUGUUGUUGAUUCAUCGUUGUUCUAUAUAAGACCUGGACACCACAACCCCACAUCAAUGCCAAUGUUCAGCGAAACUCAUAUUGCUGAUGAUGUGAAAAUAGGAUGGAUGUUUUUAGGUAUGGAUGUCAAACGUAAAGUAAAUGAUUAUUAUGAGAUCUGGUCUGACACCCGUCCAGACAGGAGUGACAUCAAACUGCACUCCGGCUUUUAUUACCAUGGCAACAGCGCAUUGGAACAUGAAAUAGGUGAUCUUCGUAUUCAUUUCUCUUAUGCCGGCCGAGAGGAUGAUAUUUAUACAGCAGUGGGUUUGGUCGAGAGGGCUACUCUUCAACCAUAUAGCGCUGAACGUUUUCCUACAGCUGACCCCAUAUCAUUACUAAGGAAGGGAUCAUACAGCCUAAAACAGUUGCAUGAUUUAGAGAAACGUGAUGCAAACACACACACAUGGAAAUACAGGCUGUUGGGGUUUGUGCAAGUAUUUGCAUCGGCUAUGACUCUGCAUCCUGAAUGGCUGACAUUAUUUCUUCAAUGCCAAUGGAUAUCUAGUAACUUAAGGAGAUGUACAAGAUUGUGGGUUAAUUUAGUGCUUUCUUUCUCAUAUACACUGUUUGUGGUCUCUAUGCCUUGGUUGGUCCACAAGCCUGCUCUAGGGUUGAUGAUACUUAUGGGCAGUUUUUGUCCGUUGCUACACUACUCCACGCUACUGGCCCGUGAACCACGACAUUCGCUUUGAAUAACAACAGGAGAACUCGUUAUUUUGAAAUCUGCUUACCAUAGAACUGAUUAUGUUACAUGUUUGAAGAACUCAUUAUCAUAGUCCUUAGAAUAAUGUGAGAAAUGAGAACGAUGUUUUAUUGUUGCCAUAUUUAAAUUAUUUUCAGCUUUAUAAAUAUCACGUUAAUAAAUAAAAAUUACCAUUUAGUUAUAUAUGGGACAUAUUGUUUGGGACAUAUAUGGGACAUACUGUUUCACAGUUUACAUCUUCACCUGAGUUGGUCUGAAGUCUGAACAAAAAGGUUUGUUCAGGUUAGAGAAGUUUUUCCUACUGCUCCUAAAUUACUGAACAACUGAAUAUGUUUAAGAAGUGUUAUCUUCUACUUGGUCUUUUGUGAAUAAGCAUCCGGUUUCCUCUUUUUGAACAUUUAAUUCCUAAACCGCAGAUUUAAUAAUCUUAUUCUUCCCUCUUUUUCAACAAUAAAAUCCUUAAUAUCAUUCCCUAAGUAACGUCCUAUGGAUUGGAUAAUCUUGUGCUUACCUCUUUUUUUUAAUAAAAUCACUAAGAUAUUUUCCUAAAUAAUGUCCAAUACACCACCAUCGAUUACACCACCCAUUUCCUUUCAGUACAGAAUGAAGUCAAACUAAAGCAAAGUCCUCCGGAACAAUCAUUCUGUCUUAUCCAAAUAAGUUAACAGUGACUUCAAAUAUUCUGUAGUUACUUCUGUAAAACAUUACUUAUUGGAGAACCUCACUCAUUGGAAUUGAAGACUAUUAAUUACAUUCAAAUAAGAAAGACUAACCAAAAAGAUACGUACUAAUUUAUGUCCCAAAGUAAACAUUAUAUGUUAUUUUAAAAAAAAGGUAUAUUGCUCAUUUAUAUUAAAUCGUAGGCUUUUUAAGGUAACAUAGUUUAGCUUUAUAAAAACAUUUCAGAUUUGACUAAGCGACCAAUGACAUUUAUUCUUAGUAUGAUAAAUAUAUCAGUAUUAUAUAUUUUAUAUACACCAAAACAAAACAUAGUGCACAAUUAGAAAUAUGGAUAAAAAUAGGAAUUGUAUAAAAAAAACAUGGUUUUAUGGUAAAAAGAAAGAAAUUGUCAAUGGUCUUCAAACUAUAAAUUAAAGUUAUUGCAAUAUUAAGUGUCGGUAUUUACCUUCUAGUCUUUCUAUGUAUGUGUUUUAUAAAUUUAAAGUAGUUUAUUAAAAUGUAUAAAAUUUUCAUUAAACAUUUUUAAUCGUAUAAUAACUACAGUUGGGAAUCCUUUUAAAAAAUAUUUUUCCUCUUAUAUAAUUUAUGACAAAUAGAAAUAUUUUAGAUUUGUGUGUCAAAGUAAGCUGGAACCUAGUAAGUAUGGUUUGUGAAUAUGACUUAUCAAAUAGAAUUUUAUACCGUAUCAUAAAUUUGUACUAAGUAGUCUAAAAAGUUAAAUACAUAUUAUAAACUAUAUGUAGGAUCUCAUAAACAAAUAUAACAAAAAUUUGAGAUUAUUCGGGUUUGUUAUUAAAAUUUACUUUCACAUUUAACUUUGAUUAGUUUGAGUAAUUUUGUUGGUAUUAAAACUUACAAUGCUAAAAUUUGUAAAUCCUGAUAAAAACUUGCUUAGUUAUUUUUUUUUAUCAGGAGCUCUCUAAUAUUAUGUGUCAUGCUAAUUCAUGUAAAACCAACAGAGUGCGGUAGCAGUUUUUACUUUUUAGGUUAAUUUGGAUAAAUUAGAAUAUUUUAACCUGAGACAUGCGAAGCACCACAUGAUAUGAAUAAUUAUAAACAGUCAUAUUUUUAUUAUUUUAAUUUUAUAUUAUUGUUUUAUGUACUAAUGUAAUAGUAAAUAAUAAUGAAACCCUUUUAAAAAUUAUGAAUGAAAUAAAAUUAAUUAAUUCCAGUAAA